AUGAUAGUAAAGCAUUCUUCAAUAAACAUGACCAUCAGGAACUCUUGUCUUAUGUUCUUCAUGUGCUUCAUAAUGCCCUUUCUUGUAUUUUGUGAUGUGGGAAUGCAUUCAGGUCCUUCAUCCCAGAUUAUGCAUUCUCACCAUGAAAACAAAAACAGGUCCAUAACAGUGUCAGUGAAAGCAGAACAUGCACACUCUUCCUCUAGAAAAUUUUGGUUGCAUGGUUCUUGCACACAAAGAGACAUAAGCAUCUCACAAAGCAAAAGUUCUACAUCAGGAAUACCACAGUUCAUUGUGCAAAUUGUUAACACUUGUGUUUCUGGGUGUUCUCCUUAUGAUAUCCACCUCCAUUGUGGCUGGUUUGCUUCAGCAAGAAUAAUCAACCCCAGAUUGUUCAAGAGGCUCUCCUAUGAUGAUUGCUUGGUGAAUGGUGGGAACCCUUUAGCCUCUACUCAGAUCAUCAGAUUCACUUAUGCCAAUUCCUUCAUGUAUCCUCUUGCAUUCAAGUCUGCCAAAUUUUGCUAA